AUGUCAACGACUUUGCUAGAGAAAGAGGUAGCAAAGGACAUACAGCAAGAGAAACAGACACAACAAGACACUGAGAUAGAGACACAUGAACAGGAGGCACAAGAGAACACGAGAUUAGCUACCACGAAGGAAGAGGAACAGAAGACACUCAAGGAGAGUGUCAAGGAUCUUGACACUAAGGCAAAAGAAGAUAAUUUACUCGUGACUGGGACGAUAAAGAAGCAAAGUGAAGUGUCAAAAGCUGAUGAUACCAAGAGGAAAUUUGAUGCCCUUGACACUUGUACAACAGCUGCUGAACUUACCAUUGAUCAUGAGCAUCAAAAGACAAAGAAGAAAGCUCGUGCUUUGGAUCUGAUCAAGACACGAGCUACCAAAACAAGAAACAAUGGAAACACGACAAAAACGAGAGAGUUUUCAUUUGCUCGACCGACGGAAUCGUCUGCUAGACGCACCGCUGCACUUGCUAAGAACCAGACACAGAUCAAGGCGACGCCGCCACCGUCUCACAAGUUGCAGCAAGGUAAACGUACACCUGCAAAAGCUCCAUGUGUGUCAAUGCCAGUUUGUAAGACCCCGACAGCGACAAGUGCUGCUGACAAGACAUCUCGUUUGCAUUCUGGCUACACUCCGUACACUGGUCCGUUGCCACCUCUUACGGUCGAGUCUAGUUUUGCACCGAAGAAUGGACAGGUUGUAGACCGUCGAGCGUGGUCAGUAUCUUCUGCGCAGACGAAAGUGCCUGCAGUUACGCGCAAGCCUCGACCUGUAUCAGUGAAAAAAGCUCAGCAGCAGAGCACUAUCGGUAAGGAAAAUAGUAGUGUAAACGCCGCGAAAGAUGCUACUACUAACGCAGCUUCCAGCAACCGAACGUCCAUCAAGUCAGACCAAAAGGGAAUUGCCUGUGAGUAA